CCCAGCACGCUGUCUCUAGCUGCUGGGAGCAGGUCAUUUCCCCAGCUCUCAUAUGUCUGGGGGGGAAGCAUUGGGUCCCUUGGGCUCUCCAGGGCCUGGGACAUGCAUGGAAGACAUCCCCUCACUUAAGGAGCUGGAGCAGCUCCUCAACACUGGGCGGCCUUCUUGUAACCAUGUUGAUGAAGUGUGGCCUAAUCUCUUCUUGGGAGACCUAGUAACAGCUCACAACAGAUUUGUUUUGUGGAAGAUGGGUGUUACCCACGUUUUAAAUGCUGCCCACGGCACAGUGUACAGCCACGGAGGCCAGGACUUCUAUGGAGCUACCAUUGAUUAUUAUGGUGUGCCAGCACAUGACCUCCCCAGCUUUGACAUAAGCCAGUUCUUUUUCUCGGCAGCAGAAUUUAUCCACAAAGCCCUGAACACACCAGGAGCUAAAAUUUUGGUACAUUGCGCAGUUGGAGUAAGCAGGUCAGCAUCUCUAGUCCUAGCAUAUCUCAUGAUAAAUCACCACCUGCCAUUGAUUGAAGCCAUCAAAACAGUGAAGGAGCAUCGAUGGAUUUCACCCAAUCGUGGCUUUCUGAAACACCUGCGAAAUUUGGACAUUCAGCUACGGCAGAAGAAGGGCUGCUGAAAGGGCAAAACCUUUGCAUAUGCUUUUCUGAGUUUCAGCUUUGAGAACCACUGUGCACACACUACUUCCCAGGAUCAGUACAUAUUAAACAAAAUGAAGAAAGCUAUGCAUCAAAGUAAAACAACAAACAAAACCCAACAGAACUGUCAGUGGGUACAUUCUGGCAGCUGACUUCCUCCAAGACGAGCACUGCCAGAAUCAGCCCCUAAGCACUACCUGCUACAGAGCUGUUGUGCACAGUGUGAUCAUACCAGAGGGCUCCACUGGAGCUGUGAAGAUGGACUGAAGUUGUUCUUGAUCUGUGCUAAUGCCAGAGGCAAGUUCAAUAAUUGCAUCUAGCAGUACUGUAUGUUUGAGUCCCCUUUUCUCAGGAGUGUAACAACACCAUCUUCUUCAGUUUGGUUACAGUUUUCAUCAGAAAAGCUUGUUGCAUUGCAGGCCUGGUGAUGUGAUAAGGACAAUUUCUUUGGCCCUUGUGCUCUGCUGCAUACACCUUUGUCUUUUAUGGAUCUCUUAAAUAUUAUGCUGCCACAGAGAACUCUGACAUAUCAGUGGAAUAAACUUCUGCGCAGCUCUCUAA